GUCCGCAUAUUCAAGGCGGUCCUGCUUGCAGCUGCUCUCACUUCGAAAGACUCCCACCGCACAAACCCCCCUGGCCUGUCCCGCUGUGCUCUCGCAGUAGUCUCGUCUCCGGAUAUCAGUGCUACCUUGCUCUACCAUCCCCGACCGCUGGACGUUCGGCGAAACGCAUUUUGCAGGGUUUCGAUUGUCGUUCCGCUAAGGAGGGGCUUCGGUUCUCUUCCACUACUCAGGAAAGCAGCGAAGAUGGCAACAGCACCACCAGAUCCGACAAGGAAAGCCGAAGAAGAAGCAUACGCCUUCCUCCGGCCUCACCUCCCGCCAAUGUCCCCAGCCCCACACAAUCAAGAACAACUCCCAUUCCUAACCCUCACCUACGCCCAAUCCCUCGACGGCUUCAUAGCCGGUCCCCAAAAGAGGCCGCUAACCCUCUCCUCUCCAAACUCAAUGACCCUCACCCACGCCCUCCGCGCCUCUCACGACGCCAUCCUCGUCGGAGUCGACACCGUCAUCAACGACGACCCCAGCCUUACCACCCGCCUUGUCCUCUCCGACGCGUCAGGCAACGAAGCGAGGCAUCCACAACCCAUCAUUCUGGACAGCACCCUCCGCACACCCGUCUCUGCGAAACUCCUCAGCAUCGAUAGAGGCGACGCCCGUAAACCCCUCAUUGUCACCACACGCGUGCAUGACCCCGUCCGCCGACAUGAACUGACCGAAAAGGGCGUGCAGAUACUGGUUGUUGGGGAUACCGAAGGCGGCCCCCGCGUGAGUAUCCGCAACGCGCUAGCGGUGCUGGCGACUGGGUUCAAUAUCCGUAGUGUGAUGGUGGAGGGUGGGGCGACCGUUAUUGGGAGUCUGUUGACAAGCAUGGAUGUGGCCAUUGAUAAGCUUAUCGUAACGGUCGCCCCUGUUGCUGUGGGGAAUGGCGUGCAUGCUAUUGGGGCUCAGGAGACAAUGGCAGCGGGUGGAGGAUUGCUACCGAAGUUUUCGGACGUGCAGUGGAAGCAGUUUGGGCCGGAUGCGGUUAUGGUUGCCAAAGUCGAGAAAUAGCGAGUUCCGAGGAGAGAUUAUACCGUCGAAUUGUGGGUUAGCCUCACCCAACGCGAUUUCGGCCGCCACGUACGGCAUCCGCUGGCGAGCUACCCGGUCAUGCUUCCCGACCUUGCAGUUCCACAAAGCUUGCACCCACAUGUCCUUGCGCUCCCUGUGGAACUGGAACGCGCAAACCCCAUUGGACAGCGCGGAGAGGAGUUCGACGACAGGCCGGUGCAUUGCCUAGUUCAAGGCCGA